CACAGCUGAAACUGGAAAGAGAUGACAACAAAAAACAAAUCAAUUAAGCAGAGCGGACGGUUUGUAUUGCGGUGCGAACGUAGAAUCUUAGUCUACAGGAAUCGGAUCCUAUACUAGACUUAAAAAAGAUAUUAUGUGUUUUGAUAUUGAAUUCGAUCUUUGGUUUAGUCUCGCGAAACAAACAACGUGAACGCUGCAGUUUCGCGCAGACGGUCAAAAUAUAAUCGUUAAUUCUCUGACGACAUUAGCGUUAGCUAGAGAGAUAGUUGACAUUACUGGUUUAUUCUCUAAGGCUCGAUGGUAUUUAGUCAUUAGCUUGUAGCUAACUCGACACUCAGUAUCCUGUCACCGACAGUCUGAACGUCCAGGUCCAGGCGAUGGAUUUUCUGGCAUGUUAGGACCAUGUUCAAAAAUGUUUUUGGUUCAGGGUUUCUGGUAAGAACAGCUCAUGUGAUUUUGACAUGGGUUAUAACGUUAAUACUCUUCCUACAUGAUACAGAGCUGCGGAAGCAGGAGGAGACAGGCCAGCUCCUCCAGCCUGUGCUCUUCGUCCUGCUGGUGCUGGUGUCGGUGCUGCUAUACUUCGCUGUGUCUCUGAUGGACCCAGGCUUCAUCUUGUCUGAUGACAGCGAUUUGCAGUUCAUGCUGGGAGUGACUGAGGAGCAGCAGGACAUGAUCCCACCCACCACCAAAUCCCUACGACAGCGCCGCUGUGGCCACUGUUUGUUGCAGCAGCCAAUGAGAUCAAAGCACUGCCAGACGUGUCAGCACUGUGUCCGACGUUAUGACCAUCACUGCCCCUGGAUUGAGAACUGUGUUGGUGAGAGGAACCACCGCUGGUUUGUGCUGUACCUAGCAGUCCAGCUGCUGGUGCUGCUGUGGGGGCUGCACAUAGCCUGGACGGGUUUCAGUUACGCGCCCACCUGGCAGCUGUGGCUGCGUACCAAUGGCAUGCUGCUAGCUGUGGCUGUGCUGGUGGCCCUGCUGUCACUGAUCGUGUUGCUUCUGCUUGGCUCCCACCUUUACCUGGUUUCCCUCAACAUUACUACCUGGGAAUUCAUGUCGCGCCACCGCAUCUCCUACCUCAAACACUGCGGUGCCGAUGAAAACCCAUUUGACCGCGGCAGCCUCCACAACCUUUGGGGUUUCUUCUGCGUGUGGGGCACAGUGGUGUGGGAGCAGGUGUACUUCAGGGAGGGCAGCGACCAAGUAUAGGAACACAUGACAAGCUGACUGAAAAGACUUGAUUUCACUCAUGAAAAACCUCUUGGGGACCACGUACAUAACUACAAUGAUAGGGAUAAACUAUCCUUGUUACCUUUGUUGUUUACCUUUACAUAGGCACUUGUGUUGUUGUGCCAUAACUUUGCAACAUUUCCCUUCUUCUUGAACAUCUCCCAGUGACUCAGUACUGCAGUGGAUUGCUUGCUUGUGUCGUCUUGCUGUGCUGUUUCAUUCCACAUGACUCUACAUUUCCAGUUUAUUUCCUCUUCUCCCCAAGUCAUGGCUGCAACAGAUUAAAAAUAGUCUUGUGUUUUCCCAGGAAUGAGAUGACUGCUCCUAGUGAAAACCUCUAUGUACAAUGGGUUAUUAGAACUGCUGCCAUCUCUCCUUAUUUCAUCAAGUUUACAACCGUUCACCUAUACUGUUUCCCUAAAACAGGCAGCUCCCCACAUGCAGGCACUUUACCAACCCAUUUUAAGGUUCUCAGUGAAGCUAGUCCUAAAGUCGUAUUGACUCCAUUUAUGUUUAUGCAUCCACAUCCCACUUGACCCUCACUCCUGCUUCUACUGAAUCAUUUAUGUGAGUGAGUAGUUACAAGAUCUCACCAUGACGGUUACAUGGUAAACCUGACUAAUGGACUGUUAAUACUAUUGUUUGCUCCUGAUACAUGUCAAAUUUGAGUAAGGAAUGUUUGUUUUGGGGCAUGGAGACUAUCCUGAUCUAUGGUUAGUAUGGUUUCUCUGUCCCGAUGAUCCUGAUGAACACAAGUUGGAGAAUUUUAAAAAAACAUUAGUCAUUUUUAGUAUAGAGUUUUUGUUCUUGUUUCAUGUGGUCAGUUGCUGUAAUUGCUAAGUCUUAUUUACUCUACACCGAGGCUUUACAGGGUCCACUUUCCUCAACAGCUUUCUCUUAGAAAUAGCUGUCAGAUCAAGUGAGAGAAACUAUUUUUUGCAAACCUCAGUCGAUUUGAAAUAUGAAGGUGUGAAAAACUUUACUGUAUUGUUUCUAGAAAUUAAUCCAACUAUGAAGUAUAGGAUGCUUUGACUUCUCAUGGCAUUUCAAACUAUUUUAUAUUGUAUAUGUAAUUUUUAAACUAUUUUAAACCAGAAAUGUCUUCAAUUUUUGUAUGAGUGUUUUACUAGAGUAACUGGAAGAGUACUGCAGAGCAGGAGCUGAGAGUGAGGAGAACUGUUUGAGUGCAAUACAUUUGUGGUAUUUCUGUUUGAGCUUUUUCUUGUGCAAUAGUAACCUUGUAACACAGCAAUAAAUGUGGUGUUGAAUUUAAUGUACAGCAGUAGUGUUGGACAAAAUGCAGAUUGGCUCUAAUUAGACUCAGUCGUUUUAAGUCAGAGCUCUGGUUUAUAUGAAUUAACAUUUAAUUCAUGUAAUGUACUUCUGAAUUAUAUGCAAUACUGUCAUGCAAUGUUUUUUACUACUUUGAAAAUACUGUAUACAUCAGUAAAUAAAUGUUUCACGAACA